AUGAACACAACGGAAGACGAUUGGAGUGAAGAAGACAUCAAUGGUUAUCACUUUCACACGUAUUUCUAUCAAAACAAUGUGCAAAGUAGUGGUCACGCCGAGAGACUCCGAAAUAGAAUUGAAACAAAUAUAGCAAACGGUUUACUCAACGAGUGUAUAACCAGCCAAAUAUAUGCUCAGCCCCGGGGGCCCCACCCGGUCGGCAAUUUUAUUACAUGUUGUAAUAAGACAUCGAUGACAUCCGCCCUGUCGUGGUUUGUGCAAAAUCACGGCAACCUUUCAGUACUGGUCCACCCGUUAACCCGACACGUUGUGUCCGAUCACACCGACAAAGCCAUGUUUUUGGGUCAAACCGUGCCAUUAGUUUUGUCAACACUUCCAGUGUUUGAAAACGAGCCCCGGAUUUGCAUUCCUGAAGAUGUAUUUAGGAAAUGA